UCUCUGGCUUGCCUGGCAAGCGCGGCGGAAGUCUCGCUUAAGAGCCGCCGCCGCCGCCGCCGCUGCUGCUGUUGCCGCUGGCGGCGCGUCCCCGGAGCAGGGAGCAAAAAGAAAAAGAGGGAGCGAGAGAACAAGCAAAGCGCCCGGCGUCCGCUUGGAAAAGAGGUGUAGGGGGGGGGGAAAGCCGCCUUCUCCCAAAGAAGAGCGGGAGACUGCGCUAUCCGGGAACGCCGGCAACAAUUGCCGCCUGAGCAUGGCAGAAGGAGCCCGUUCCGUGGUGGGAGGCAGCCGCGGCUCCAGCCCCUCGUCCAGCCCGCUGAUGGCCAGAGGGGGCAAGAGCCACUCGCUGCCCACGCCGUCGUCAUCGUCGUCCUCUUCGACUUCGCUGCAGCAACACCACCAGCACCAGCACCAACACCAGACGCCGCCUGCCUCCCCCAAGCAGCAGCCGCCCCCGCCGACGGCUCGGGGCAGCCCGCCCGGCCACUGCUUCAAGAGGGUCACCCUCACCAAGCCCACUUUCUGUCACUAUUGCACCGACUUCAUCUGGGGGUUGGCGGGCUACCUCUGCGAAGUUUGCAAUUUUAUGUCUCAUGAGAAGUGCCUGAAGUAUGUGAAGAUACCUUGCUCAUCUAUUGCUCCAAGUCUUGUAAGGGUUCCAGUUGCACAUUGUUUAGGACCCAUAGGACAUUAUAAGAGAAAAUUCUGUUCUGUGUGCAGAAAGCAGUUGGAAAGUCCAGCAUUUCGCUGUGAAGUAUGUGAGAUACAUGUACACACAGACUGUGCCCCCUUUGCUUGCAGUGAUUGCCGUGAGUGCCAUCAAGACGGUCAUCAAAAUCAUGAUAUGUACCAUCAUCACUGGAGGGAAGGAAACCUUCCAUCAGGCUCACGUUGCAAAGUUUGUAAGAAAACCUGUGGCUCUUCUGACGUGCUCUCGGGAAUGAGAUGUGAAUGGUGUGGCCUUCUGGCUCAUGCCGCUUGCUGUGUGAUUGUGCCUCCUGAGUGUACUUUUGGAAGAUUAAGGAACAUGAUUCUUCCCCCCAGUUGUGUGCGAUUAUUUUGUCGGAACUUCAGUAAAAUGCACUGCUUCCGAAUAUCAGAAAGCAUACAAGCAGAGCCAGAUGAUGACGAUGAUGUUGAUAGUUCAGCACAAUCAUCAUUAAAAGAAUCCCAGGUUUCAGCAGAUUCAAGUAAACAAAUAUUAAAAAUAUAUGAUGGGAAUGAUGCAGUAAAACGUAAUCAGUAUCGUCUUAUCACAGUUCCGAGGAUUGCAAAAAAUGAAGAAGUUGUGGAGGCUGCACUGAGGGCAUACUACAUCAGUGAUGAUCAACAAGAUUACGAACUUCAGACAUUCACUCAGCAGGCCUUGUUUUGUGACGACAUCAUUAAUAGGAACGAUACGACUGAAGAGGCGCAGCCGGGAUCUGUCUUUCGAGAAGCUGUUCCUGAGGCGUGGGUUAUCAGAGCUAAACCUAAAGAGAAUGAAGUCAUAAAGAUUUAUCCCGGCUGGCUGAAGGUUGGAGUGGCCUGUGUCUCAAUACGCAUAAAUAAGGGGAGCACCACCGAAAUGGUGAUUAAAGAAGUUCUUCCACUACUUGGAUACCAGUCAGAUUGCUUCCAAAACUUCAAAUUGGUGGAGGUCCUGAUGGGCUCAAGACAAGUUCAGCGAAUGGUGCUGGAUGAUCAUGAAUCAAUUAUCAGCAGGUUACAAGACAUCAGAAAGACAUCAUUGCGGCAGAUGAACCAAACAAGAUUUUACAUUGUAGAAAAUAAUAUAUCGACUGUGCGUGUCUAUCUGUUUGUUGGUGGUCUGCCACUCCAUCUUACUCCAGAAGAAUAUACAAAAAUCCUCAAAGAUGAAUUAGCCAUCAAAACCAAUUUAGUUUCUAUGAAUCACAUAUAUUCAUCUCAAGGUGCUGUUGUGCUAGAAAUUACUUGUUUUUCUGAAGCUGAAAGACUGUAUAUGUUAGUUAAAGAUACUUUCAUCAAUGACAAGGCAUUAACUGCAGUUAUUCUCCCUGAAAUACUGCAAAAUAAGCUUCCUCAGAACUGCUGUCCUUUGCUUGUAUUUGUGAAUCCCAAAAGCGGAGGUCUUAAAGGUCGGAAUUUGCUGUACAGUUUUCGAAAACUUUUGAAUCCACAUCAGAUCUUUGAACUAACAAAUGGAGGUCCACUGCCUGGAUUUCAUACCUUCUCUCAAGUUCCAUAUUUCCGAAUAUUGGUAUGCGGUGGUGAUGGCACAGUUGGAUGGGUCCUUGGUGCCCUGGAAGAGAUCAGGCACAAGCUCGCCUGCCCUGAACCAUCCGUGGCUAUUUUGCCUUUAGGAACAGGUAACGACUUGGGAAGGGUCCUGCGCUGGGGUGCUGGCUACAGUGGCGAAGAUCCGUACUCCAUUCUGAUAUCCGUAGAUGAAGCUGACGAUGUGCUUAUGGAUCGUUGGACCAUCCUUUUAGAUGCUCAAGAGGCACUGGAAAGCUCAGAAAAUGGUGUAUUAGAGCCAGAACCUCCUAAGAUUGUACAGAUGAAUAAUUAUUGUGGCCUUGGAAUUGAUGCAGAGCUGAGUCUAGGUUUCCAUCAUGCUAGGGAAGAAGAGCCAGGCAAAUUCAAUAGCAGGCUACACAACAAAGGAGUCUAUGUAAAAGUUGGGCUGCAGAAAAUGAGCCACACCAGGAGUCUUCAUAAAGAAAUCAAACUUCAGGUGGACCAGCAUGAAGUUGAGCUUCCAAGUAUAGAGGGUCUUAUUUUCAUCAAUAUUCCCAGUUGGGGAUCAGGUGCUGAUCUUUGGGGGUCUGAUAAUGACAAUCGGUUUGAGAAACCAAAAAUUGAUGAUGGCUUAUUAGAAGUAGUUGGUGUCACUGGAGUUGUUCACAUGGGUCAAGUUCAAGGAGGUCUCCGUUCUGGCAUCCGGAUAGCCCAAGGCUCCUACUUCCGUGUCACACUUCGGAAGCCAAUUCCUGUCCAAGUGGAUGGUGAGCCCUGGAUUCAGCCACCAGGUCAGAUAAUUAUUUCUGCAGCAGGACCAAAGGUUCAUAUGUUAAAGAAAUCAAAACAGAAACAGAAGAAAACUGGAAACAUAAAGGAUUCAAGAACCGAGAGCACAUUGGCUGAUGAAGCAGGGCACUGAUGAGAGAUACUCAUAGUUCAAAUGCUGCACACCUACUGUAGAUGACACCUGUCUGGCAAAAUACUGUUGCAUAGUUCAGGUCAUUUAUGAGCCUGUCUUCUUGUUCCAUGUUCAUUGUUCAGUAACCAUGUAACUGACAUGAAAAUAUGAUUGUACACAGAAGUUGAUUGGAGGAGUUUGUAUUAGGGACCCUUUGAGAAAAAUACAUUCUUUCUCCUUUUCAGCCACUCUGUUGAAGGAUUUAAGCUAGUCCAGAGAAAAAUUAAUAACUUGGGUGAGAAUCAAAAAGAACCAAUAAUAUAAUUUGUGAACUAGUUCCUGAAAUAGGGUAGAUUUAUGAUGAUUUAAUCCAGGGAUGCAGUUCAGACUCUGUUCCACUGGGCCAGCUUCAUUUACAGAUUUUUUUUUCUGGUCUACACAACAAGGGAUCCCAUUGCCGUCUUCUCUUCACCUGUGCAAUCCACAGGUUACUUAUACUUUUUUGAUCAAUAAGUUGUUAAAUGCACAACAGAGCUUUCAUUGAACAACUGGCAAAGAAGAAGUUUAAUAGGAUGCAAGAGGAGAGGGAAAACUCUCCCCAUAAUGGCUAGCUGUGCUCUGUUUCAAAUUUUCAUCUAUGCACCACAAACGCUUUCACUACACUACCACAGGAAACUUUUUGAGAGAAAAGAAAGCUCCUAUAAUUUUGACUCUCUGUUUUUAAUAGUUUAGAGAUUUUUUUUUGUUAUAAAACCUUCAAGCUUUGGUUUUCUAAUGUAUCACAUGGGUUUCUUUUCUCUAAUUCUGCUCUGUAAGUCAGUGUUCCUGAUUUCAUUCUUUAGCCUUCUCUUUCUGUCGGCAUUCAAACUGUUGCUGAAAUAUCAAACUCAGAAUGGGUACGAAGCACAAUGUAAUAAAUUAAUCUAUUUCAACCUUUGUUUGAUAAAUAUUAAAUGAUCAUGCAGAAAAUGGAAUACACAUUGGUUUGUUUUCAGUUAAAAUUCUUUUAACUUUAAAAAAAACAAAUAAUAGAUUUUGUUCUCUGAAUGUGGUAAUUGUGCUGAUGAUACCAAAUAUCCUAUAUAAAGACUUCCUUAUGAUUAAGAAACUGAUUAUCUGCCAAUACGUAGAUAUUUUUUGCUUGUUUUCACGAUUAUCAUUUUGUGGUGUUAUUUUUCCUCUAUAACAAUCAUUCAUAGUUUUGGCCAUUACAGCAGGUGGUCCUCGACUUACAACCACAAUUGGGCCCCAAAAUUUCUGUUGCAAAGUGAGACAGUUGUUAAGUGAGUUUUGCCCCAUUUUAUGAUUUUCCUUGCCACAUUUGUUAAGUGAGGAGUCCUUGAUGGUCUCUGAGCUUGCUUGUUCUCUUGUAGACAUUUCAUUACCCAACUAGGUAACAUCAUCAGUGCUAUCUCAACCCUGAGCCUACAAAUGUAAAUCCUGAGCUCAGAUAAUCUCCUUUUAUUAGUUGUUAAGUUAAUCAUUGCGGUUGUUAAAUUAGUGACACAGUUGUUAAAUGAAUCUGGCUCCCCCACUGACUUGCUUGACAGGCAGUCGGAAAAGGUGAUCACAUGACCCUGGCGACACUAACGGUCAUAAAUAGGAGUCUGUUGCCAAGCGCCUGGAUUUUGAUCACGUGAACAUGGGGAUGCUGCAACAGUAGUAAAUGUGAAAAAUGGUCAUAAGUCACUUUUUUCAGUUCCAUUGUAACUUCAAACAAUCACUAAGUGAACUCUUGUAAGUCAAGAACUACCUAUAUACCCUUCUCCCCCCAAAUGAGUAGACUGGGUUCAGAGGCUAACAGAAGAUAUUUGGAGCUUUGGUUCCUUUGCCCCUUUCUGGUCUGAAUAUGUCUGAAACGAGGUUCAUUUUUAAUGAACUGCGACUUGCCGUUUCUUCAAAAUUGAGAUAAGCUGUGGUUGACCACAAUGAAGGCUUGAAUUCAGUUCCAAAUUGCUGUUACUUCUAAGUUUCCAUUAAUUAAAAAAAAAAAAAGCAGAAAACAAUAGUGGCACACACCUCUGACUUCUUCGUGACCACACCAAAGUGAAAAAUAUUCUAUGUUAAGUCCAAGACUCAGAUGAUUAAAAGAUGGAGAAUAUGUGGUUCUCUAGCUAUUGCUGAACUCAAGACUCCUAGUGUUCUUCAUCAUGGGUGUAUAGCCUAGAAUAGUUUAGCAGCAUCUAGAAGAUGGGCAGUUGCAAUAAAUUGAGUACUGUUUCAUAUGGAGUAGCAAAAGGGAAAUAAAAGGGUAUCCUAUUUUUAGGUGUCUAACCUGUUGGAAUUGUACCACACUGUAGUAAUUAAACCCGAAUGCCAAAACAGUAGCAGUAGCCAGGAACCUAAUCAGAAUCAUGAUAUGCAACUAGGUCAUAGGCAGAAGUUGUCUUUCUGUAUUUGAAAAUAACUUGAUAGAGAUCUUUACAUCCAAAUUCAAGAAAUCAUGCAAUUGUGCAAGUUGUGCCUGUUCUAGUAUCCUUUCCCACAUGUAUAAGAAUGGAUACAGCCUUGCUAAGUGGUGACAAGCCUCUUUAAAAAUGGAUGACUUUCGUUUUACGCAUAGCCACAGAAGGAAAUUAGAAAAUGUCCAGUAAACAUCAGAACUCAGAAGGUCUGCAGGAUUUGCUUUCGUUUAGAAAAGGUGCAUUUUCAAAAGCAUUAUCGUUUUGCUGCUGCAAAUAUAGCUGCUGUUUUUUUUCCAGGAGAACAGGGGCGUCUGGAAAACAUCUACGUAGAUUCACAUAGUGUGUUCUUGUAGAUAAUACUGGUCCAUCCCCAACUUUGUCAGCCGUGGCUGUGUUUCAGCGCUCUGUGUGUCUUGCAUCUCUCAUAUAUCUGUAUUUGCAAAUAAUUGCAAAAAAAAAAAAAAAGUGAGAUGCUCACUAGUGUUCUUUAACUAGACGUUUUCAUGCACCAGUCUUCCAAACAGUGACAGCAUGUUGCAGUUUACAGUAUUUCUUAUCUCCAUGUCAUGCCAUCCAGUGUUACAUUGGAGAAUGGUGGGUAUUUUGUAAAAGGUGUUCUUAUGAGACUAUCAAUUUCCUUUU